CGCAAGUUUGGCUUGAGUGGCCUUGAUGGCCUGGUAUGUUUUCCUCUUCUUAAGAAGAUACUCUGGAACCAGCUUGAUCACCUUCUUUGACCUGGAAUGAUCAAAAUACAAAAAGGAGCCUCAAACUCCUGCCUCCACACAAAGAUGGCGCAGAAAACGGAGAACAGCAGCAGCCAAGCACACACAGACUUUCAUGAAAGUUUUCAAAUCAAAGGAGGGUCUGAUGGAUGAACUUCUGAUGAAGUUUACGAGGAGCUGGAAGGAGAAACGGAUAGUUGGACGACAGUCUGAACUGCAGGAGUUGGUAGCGCUCACCUUACCAUCAGCAGCUAAUGGCAGACAGAGCCGCUGGAGCUCCACGAUUCAUUGUUCGUUUUGCAGUGAAGAUGCUGCCCUGGACUCAGUUGGUGUUGGUCGUUCUUAGCGUGGCGCAGGCUGUGGUAAGCUGCCCCGAUGUCUGCAAAUGCUCCAGGAAGUCCGGCCCAGAAAAGUCCGAAGUCAACUGUCAUAAAAAGGGUCUUCGUAGCCUUCCCUCCAAUCUGCCUCCGGAUGCUUGGAUCCUCAAACUGGGUGAGAAUGGCAUAACAACCCUAAAGGCCAAUUCAUUUAAAUCAGCGCCCAAGAUUGAGAGCAUCAACCUGGAACGAAACGCAAUCAAAUCCAUCCAUCCCAAAGCCUUUUCUGGUGCCAAUCAACUGAUGCUGCUCAACCUUUAUGGCAACCACAUCACAGUGCUCCCCCCACGGGGGUUUCAGGACCUCCUGAACCUUCGUUUUCUCAUGCUGGGCCAGAACCAGAUUGGGAUUCUCAAAUCUGAGAUGUUUGCUGGCAUGAGGAACCUCUCAGAUCUCGAUCUACCUCUUAAUGCGCUGACAGCGCUUCCGUCUAACGCCUUCAAACCUCUGAUUGCCCUCAAAGUGUUGGACCUUUCCCUGAAUCGAAUCCAAAGGAUCUCUCCCAAAGCCUUCACUGGACUCAGACAGCUCCUGUUCCUUAAUCUGGACAACAACAGUCUGAAAACUGUCCCAUCUGGAGCAUUCCGGCCGCUGCGAUCACUGGAGAUGCUGGUUCUGGACAACAACCUCCUGUCAACACUGAGUCAGUCAGCUCUGGAUGGCCUUAGCAACCUGCAGGAGCUCUACCUGAGGAACAACGAGCUGGAGCAGCUGCCAUCUGGUGCGUUCAGCAACAUGCCCAAGCUCUCCCAGCUUGGACUCAGUGGAAACCGCCUGAAGACAGUGGAUGGAAACAUGUUCAGCCAUAUGCCAGCACUGAAGAAGCUGUACCUGCAUGAGAACCCGUGGCAGUGCGACUGUAACAUCAUCUCCCUGGUGAGGUGGAUGGGACAGACCAAGGCCUCAAUGUCGCCCCGGGACGCCCUGAAAUGUGCGAGCCCGCCACAGCUGAAGAACAAGAGCUUGAGCAGCCUGCGCCCGGCGACGCUGCGGUGCAGCGCCUAACGUCCAGGAGCAGACCCCACCAUGAGGACACAUUAAUAUGUCAAAACCAACUUACUUUGUAGUAUUUCUUCUGUUUUGAGCUACAGUGUGGAGAAUGUAUACACCAAACUCCUAUCUAAAUGUAAUAUUUAUAAUUUCAUCUACAAUCUCUGAGCUGAAGUGUUGUUUCAGAUUCCAUGUAUGUUUUUUUUUUCCGCUUCUCUUUGUGAAUGUUUCUGACAUCAAACAGCAUUAAAAUCUCUUUGCUGCCAAAGAUUUUAAUUGGACAGAGGGAGGACUGUCUCCACCAACGCAGACCACGUCUGCUUCCUAAGCUCUUAAAUUCAGCUGUGAGAUGAACAUUAAUCUCAUAAUCUCAUAUUUUCCAAAGAAUCUAUCCGAGUAUGGAAAGUGAGGGAUUAUAUGCAAAUGGAUUACAUUAAUCUUGUUCGAGAAGAGUCCCUUUAAUUUUUGUAUUUGGAGCAGGAAGUUGAGAAAGGGAGACUUCUCAUUUGGUUUAGUGAAAUUAAGCUAAAAUAAAAAAUGGAGGCAGUUCCUGUCAGGCUGUUAUUUCUGUAUUCUUUAAAAUUAAAAAACAAAUGGCAAAUAUGGUGCAUAUGUUCAGUCCUGAUCCUGCAGUAUUUUGCUUUUUCUUUAGCUUUGGUCUGCAUCAAGACGUCCAAAGCCUUCAACAGCAUACCAUUACAACCCUAGAAGAUGUUAGUGGCAGCAUCAUGCUGUGGGAUGGCUUUCUUCAGCAGGAGCAAGAAAGCCAAUCAGAGAUGAUUUAGAGAUGAAUUCUGCUCAACGCUGGAGAAUAACGGAAGAAAACAGGUUGGAGUUUUCAAAAAACUUGAACCUGGGGCUUAGGUUCACCUUCCAACAUGGCAGCUUGAGACGUUUCACUAAAGCUGCAGCAGGUGACUUUUAUUUUUUUUAAAAAGGGUUAAGGUUAAGGUUUUUUCUUUUUUUUAAACAUAUUUGUUGAAACUCACAGUUCAAUAUGAGACAGAUUAUGUGUGGAAGAAAAUGAGCUCCUGUGCCUUCUGCUGAUCAGAAACAACCAAUCAGAGCCUUAGCUUGUGGACACGCCCAUCAUUCCCUUACCCACUUUUUAGCUUUAUCAAUAAAAAAGUUUGAAAGUUAACUUAUCAUUUGCUUCAGUUUUACCAGAGAGAUGACUUUG